UAUAUAUAUAUAUAUACAUAUAGGUACAAAUAAAUAUACGCAUAUACACAACGAGUCGCGGAGGUAUAUAUAUGCCUAUAUAUAUAUAUUCACAAAUAUAUAUAUAUAUAUAUAUAUAUAUUUGUGAAUGUGCACUACGACUACCCUCUCCAAAACAAAAUAACUACCAUAUAACAGACUUUAGCUCAAUGAUCAAAAGUUUUUCUGUUCUUUAAAUAAAAAUAAAAGAUUAAACGUAAACCUUGGUAGAGAUCAUAGAAUAGUUUUUUGACGGUAUACAAAUGGCCUCGGCUGGAAUGUCACCACCAGAAGAUGAUGAGUUGACUUUGCCUCGAGCAUCUAUCAACAAAAUGAUUAAGGAAAUCCUACCCCAUGUCCGAGUAGCCAAUGAGUCUCGUGAACUCAUUUUAAAUUGUUGCACCGAGUUCAUUCAUCUUCUUUCAUCAGAAGCAAAUGACAUCUGUAAUCAACAACAGAAAAAAACAAUAAAUGCUGAACAUGUUCUUCAAGCUCUUGAAAAAUUAGGUUUCAGUGAUUACAGUGCAGAAGCUGAAGCUGUUUUGCGUGAUUGUAAAGCAGUGGCUGCAAAACGACGACGUCAAAGUACAAGAUUAGAAAAUUUGGGUAUUCCAGAAGAAGAGUUACUACGACAGCAACAAGAACUCUUUGCAAAAGCAAGAGAAGAACAAGCAGUUGCAGAACAAAUUCAAUGGCAACAAUUACAAGCAGUAUCACAGAUGUCAUCAAUGAUGAAUAAUGACAAUGAACAAGAUGAUUAUUCUUAAAAUACACUAGUGUCCUAGUACCCCACUUUUUGUAAUUAUUGAAUCAUUUGAUACAUACAAUUUGUAAUUAUUGUCAAUUUUUGUACAUCAAUUUUUUAUUUAGUAGUAAAAAAUACAAAAAAUAUUUAUUUUCCAACAAGUUAGGGGCCAAGUUUAGCUAUAAUGUUAAAAAAUGAUUGCUCAAUCCUAAACCCAAAUAAAUAAGGAAAAAAACGUGUGACCUACUUUUUACUUGUUUAUUUCCUCUUCAAGAUGAAGAACAUCAAUUAUUUCAAGGCAUUAAUCGGCCAUACUCGGAAGAAAGAUGACUUUUCUUAAUAGCCUCCAUAACUUUAGAGACGUAAUGAUACCUAAAAAAUUGUUUUUUAAUUUGAAAUUAACUUUACAUUGCAUUAGUUAUUUUUCAUUAUUAAUUGUAAUUAAGAUUACAAACCAAUUUUUUUCAGUCAGAUUAGAUGGUGUCAUCGCAUUUCUGGUGACACCAUGUAUUUUUCUCCUUAAUUUUUCAAUUAAUUGCUGUUCAUUUUCAUGAAAAGAUGAUUGAGCUAAAAAUUUGUUUAAAUUGUUAAAUAUAAAUACUUUAAAGUCACUUAUACUCAUUAAAUAAUGCUUGUCCUUACUGUUUUUAGAAAUUAAUGGUAUGAGAAAUAGAUUCAAUUGAUUUUCAACAGGGCACAAACUCAUAUCAAGACCACUAUGGGUUUGUAAUCGUGAAGAAGAGAAGGUUUUGUUAUAGAAAUCCUAAAAUGAAAUAAAUUACAUUACAAUAAAAACAAA